GUCAAAUCCCAAGAGGCUUCCAGAGACUCCGUAGCCAUAUUGGCUCAAGCCACUUGGGCACAGGCGGUUUUGGCUUGAGAUUCUUUGGUAGGCCGCCAGGGUGUGCGUUCGCCUUGCCAGCCUAUCGCUCCUCGCGCGAGUGGGUCCAGGAUGCGCAUGGCCAACGUGGCUGGUGUGACAGGCGCAGGUCCAGGAGGCGUCGGUGGCGUCGUGGCCACUCCCACUGUGCCGGCUGCCUGCAGAGUUUCUGUGGCAAUCGGUGUCGGUGCCAAUGUCGCGAUCUAUACCUACAUUUUGAUGGUCAAGCCCUGGCUUGAAACGACAGGUGUGCUCUGCCCGCGCCAUUAUUUGGCUGAGUUAUCGGACUGGGUGAUGGUCGCGCUUGUCGCGGCCGUCUCGUUCGGGAUCGCGGGACAUGCAAGCCGACGUUGGCGCUUGCAAUGCUUCAUUCGUAGGUUGAUUGCUGCCGCGGUCAUCCUGUCAGUAGCGAGGGUGGCCACGGUGAUGGCCUUCCAAGGGACUUGUGCAAUUCCUGAGAUGGCCUGGUGCUGCAUUUUCAUCUCCAUCGGCUUGAACAUUCAUCUGGUGGCCCAUGAUGUGACCGAGACGGGAGAGGACGAUCUGGAGGUGGCCAAAUCGGAGGUGGCCAAGGUUUUGGGUGGUCUCACCGCCUCCACGUGGUCGGAUGAAGGCGCGGACGGCAACUUAGAGUCCGGGAAUCCCGUUGCUUGCUCAAUAUGUUUGUGCGACUUGGAGCCUGGGGACAGCGUGAAAACCACUCCGUGUAACCAUUCAUUCCAUGAGGGAUGCUUACAGAGUUGGCUGCUCUCUUCAAUGUGCAGGUGGAAGGCACAGUCCUGUGCUGUGUGCCGACGAGAUCUACGCUGCAUUAGUUGACUUGCGGACUCUGAGCGACCUUCAUUCGGCGAUGUCAGCUAAGCCCUUGUUACCAUUUUGCCAGCUUGUACGGCUGAGCUUUCGAGCGUGCCAGCUUCCACGUACGAGCGUGUACGAAUGAGCUUGCACGAAUGAGCUUGCGAGCUUGCGUGCCAGUCCUUCCUGCCUUGGGUUAUCCGAGUGCCGGUUCUCUAAUUCGUGUUUUUGCGUUCGGCCUCUCUCCGAAGCGUUUUUUUCUGUGAUAGUGUAUUGUGUAUGCGCCCGAUGGCACUCCUAAUCAGGGCGCCAACACUCGACGAGGGGGGAGUACCCACAUUGCAUGCAAGUUCGCACACCACCGAUACCCCAAAUUCGUGCCAUCUUAUGCCGUUCGAUCGAGUGUUUGACGCGAUUGGGAGUGCAGGAGUCCGAGAACGUAGUCUGCUUUCCGGGCGGCACCCGCCCGCCCGUCGGACACGCGUAGCUGGUGCUUAGCAGGUCUGAACCGCUGGUGAUCACCACCCACCAAACCACCCCAACCCAACCCGAAGGCUCAGAUUUACCCUCG